CUACGGAGGAAAAUUGCAACAAUUCCUGUCCACCUGUGCCUUCCGCUGCGCCAGUCAGUGCGAGUUGAAUGACCGCAAUUGAUGGUUCUAUUUUUGUUUCCAUUUUGCAGUAAUGUGCAUAUUAAGUGCAUGGUUCAAACAAACGUAUAAAAAUAGGCAAAUUACCUCCCUGGGGGUUCUUCGAUUAGUGUUUGUGCUAUUGGAUUGUAAUGACAGUAUAAUGGAACAAGACAUCGAUAUUAGAAAUGAUUGCACUUUACAAUUAGCUUUGCCAUGUUAUUGAACGUUUAACGAAGCGCUAGUUGAAUCAAUAAAAUUUAUUGUGUUUCGAAGAUCAUUUAAUCGAUGUCGUCUUGGUUCCGGUUCCGCAGUACUCGCACGUUUAGGAAGUAAUGAAGACGAAGAUAAUUUGAAACUAGUGUUUGUGCUCGAAGCAACGGCAUUUUGAGUUAAACAAACACUAUACAGAUCAGGAGUGAAUUGAACUUGCGGUUUAGAUUCAUUAGCGACCUCCUCCUUACUUCCUAGGGUCGGAAGAAAAACCCAAGCUUUCAUGAGAGAAAUUAACAGGGUAUAAUAAAAGAAUCAAAAAAUAUUUCACAGCUUCUACAGGCACAAAUGGCACCCGAUGGAGUUGUAGCCAGCGUUCAGUCGGUCAUGAAUCACUAACGGAUACGGACAAAUUUGCUGAGUGUAAUCAAUAUCGUGGAAACAUUUGGAUAGGACGUUUUCAAUAUUUGAAAAACUCGAACAAUUGGUGGGUGCAACUUACAAUUGAUAACGUGAAGUGAUGAUGGUGUUACUGCAGAGACAAGUUUUGAGAUGUAGGAAACCGAUUGUACUCCAACAGACUCGAGGAAUUUGUCAUUAGUGGAUGUCGGGAUGCACUGCUGCUGCUAUGCUGGUGGUCGAACCGACAAGGUGUCGCCUGGAGAAUCCGUGCAGCAAUCAGCAUCCUCCUCGCUACACCGAGAAGACUCCGAAGCAUUCGAAAACAAUCGUCACUGUACGGAUUUGCUGUUCAUAGCCCUAAAAUCUGCAUUUAUAUUUAUUUUGCUGGUGCUAAUUAUCUACUGCAUGGCAUUCGGGGAUAUCUAUCGCAUUAUAAACGGAUACGACGACUGUGCCAACGUGUGUGGCCGCACCAAUAAACCCGAUAAGGAUCUCUCGUGCAAGGGUUCGGAUCGAACCGAGAAAAAAUACCUGCUGGUUGAGUCUUCUGGAGUCUCUUCCGAUUUACAUCGCCAGUGCGUUUCCCGAUGUGAGGACAUUGAAGGAUACAAACCCUUCCUUAACCGAUGCAUCCGCAAGGAGAAUCCAGCCGACGACGUGGCAACUCGCACCGGUUUGCGGAACUACUUCCAGGAGGUAUCGGAGGACAUCGAGUCGUGCUACAUGGAGAUGCUUUGGCUGUGCGUCGUAGCUUUUGUGUUCUCGCUGCUCACGCUGGUGCUGCUGCGGUUCCUUCCCGGGCUGAUAGUUUGGCUGGUUCUGCUGGCCGUCGUGGUCGUGUGUACCGUGGGAACCCUCUGGUUGUGGCUGAAGUGGAACUUCGAAAUCGAUCAGAUGUCGAAAAACGCGGGCGAUGGUGCCAAGAUGAGGAUUAACAACUAUCUCUACUAUGCAAUCGCUGCUACCGUCGCGACGAUUCUUGUGUACCUGGUUAUACUGGUAAUGAGAAAACGGAUCAAACUAGUCGUGCAGCUUUUCCGCGAAGCGGGAAAAGCUAUUGCCAGCAUGCCCUUUCUGCUGAUCGAACCCGUAUUGACCUUCAUUUCCAUAGCGGUUGUUAUCACUUUGUACGUGUAUUUCACUAUGUGGAUCGAGAGUUCGGGGAUGCUGACGAUGGAGAACAAUCAGAGCGCAAAGUACAUAAAGGACUCGACAAUGCUCUUCACCCGGUGGUACAAUCUGCUAGCGUUUUUCUGGUUCUGCCAGUUUAUCAUUGGCUGUCAGCACAUGGUCAUCGCUGGUGCCGUAGCCUAUUGGUUUUUCUCGAGAAACAAAUCAAAUCUCCGGAGGCCAAUUUCGAAAAGCUUUGGCAACUUGGUUCGCUAUCAUAUGGGCACCGUUGCCUGCGGAUCGUUUGUGAUCGCGCUCGUGCAGUUUUUACGCGCCAUGCUGAAAGCGUUGAUGUGCUACGUUCGCGAGCAUCAGAAUAAGGUUGCGAACUGCCUCCACGACUGCUGCCAGUGUUGUCUGAAGUGCUUCGAACGGUUCCUGCAGUACCUCACUCGUAACGCCUAUAUCAUAACUGCGAUUCAUGGAGAUCCGUUCUGUAAGGCUGGUAAAAAAGCGUUCAGUAUACUGUCCAGCAAUGCGCUGCGGGUUUUCGCAAUUAAUUCCGUGGGAGAUUUCGUGCUGAUCCUAGCGAAAGUAUUUGUGGUUGCUGUUACCUGUCUGAUAGGGAUGGAAUUGAUUCAGAAGAAGGCAGGUCUGCACCAUCCUUACGUGCCGAUCAUUUUGGUUGGGAUCUUUGCCUACUUGGUGGCACAUUGCUUCAUGACUGUGUACGAGAUGACGGUGGACACAAUAUUCCUAUGUUUUUGUGAAGAUUGUGAAAUCAAUGACGGCAUCAGCAAACCGUACUACAUGUCCCGAGGGUUGAUGGAAUUUGUACAAAACUCUAAGAAAGCGUUGGCGAUACAUGACCAUCGAAUCGCCAGCUCGCUGCGGGAGGGAAAGGCAUGGACUGAUGAAGGAACGAACCAGAAGCAGACCAAAACUAUUUCGGAAACCGUAGACUGAUAAGGGUUUUUUUUCUGAAGUUUCUUGUGCUUUUGCAUUUUUUAUUUCUUUUCUAAGCUUUUAUUCGAUUGAAUGUGUGCUGUGAACUUUAUUGCUUAAGCAUAAAUAAAAGUAUCUAAUCUGAUUUUACCUA